GAGCGCCGCCCGCCUGCGAGGGCGGUGCGGGGGGCGGGCGGCGCGCCCCUGGGCCGAGUCGGCGCCUCGUCCCGCCCGCAGUCCGCCCGGGGCUGCCGCGGUGCCUCCCGCAGCAGAGGGGCUGCGGCCGCUCUCCCCGCGGCGGCGGCGCCGCCAUGGAGGGGCGCCCCGCGCCCUAAAGCCGCUGCCCCCGGACGCCCUGUCCUGUCCUGCCCGGCGAUGGGAGCCGGCUCGGCCGGGGCAGCUGCGGGCGGGACGCUGCCCCCCGCCGGGCGGACGCGAGGAGAGGCGAGCGCGGGCUGAGGAGAGCGCCGGGGGAGGCAGGUGGGGGCGGCCCCAGCGAUCCUCGGAGCCGGGCGGCGGCUGGGGGCGACGCGGGGAGCGGAGCCGGGCGGGCUGAGAUGUGUUACUGUUCCUGUAGAGACUUUGUUGCUUCACCUCAGACCUACGUGACUCUGGUGGAAGGAUCAUGACCGAAGUCCUUUUCUCUGCUGCUCUGAAUGGAACUGAACCGAACCUGUUAUCCAGCAGUGGCUGGUCUGCGGGAAACGCCACCACCAAGUGUUCCCUGACCAAAACUGGCUUCCAGUUCUAUUACCUGCCCACCGUCUACAUUCUGGUCUUCAUCACUGGGUUUUUGGGCAACAGCGUGGCCAUCUGGAUGUUUGUCUUCCAUAUGAGGCCUUGGAGCGGCAUCUCAGUUUACAUGUUCAACUUGGCGCUGGCCGAUUUCUUGUAUGUCUUGACUCUACCUGCCCUCAUCUUUUACUACUUCAAUAAAACGGACUGGAUUUUCGGAGAUAUCAUGUGCAAGCUGCAGAGGUUCAUCUUCCACGUGAACCUGUACGGCAGUAUUUUGUUUCUAACUUGCAUAAGCGUGCACAGGUACACGGGAGUGGUGCACCCCUUGAAGUCGCUGGGGAGACUGAAGAAGAAGAACGCAGUGUACAUCAGCACCCUGGUCUGGGUCAUUGUGGUGGCUGUGAUUUCUCCAAUACUUUUCUACUCGGGAACGGGGAUAAGGAGAAAUAAAACCAUAACGUGCUACGACACAACAGCCGAUGAUUACCUGAGAAGUUACUUCAUUUACAGCAUGUGUACCACCGUAUUUAUGUUCUGCAUCCCGUUCAUCGUGAUUCUUGGUUGCUAUGGGCUGAUUGUGAAAGCUUUGAUUUACAAAGAUUUGGACAAUUCUCCUCUCAGGAGAAAAUCGAUUUACCUGGUUAUUAUUGUGUUGACGGUCUUUGCUGUGUCUUACCUUCCCUUCCAUGUGAUGAAGACCUUAAAUCUAAGAGCCAGGGUGGAUUUUCAGACUCCACAAAUGUGUGCCUUCAACGAUAAGGUUUAUGCCACUUACCAAGUGACGAGGGGUCUGGCCAGCCUCAACAGCUGCGUCGACCCUAUUCUUUACUUUCUGGCAGGUGAUACCUUUCGAAGGCGGCUUUCCAGGGCGACCAGGAAAUCAUCCAGAAGAAGUGAACACAACGUGCAGUCUAAAAGCGAGGAAAUGACUCUCAAUAUUUUAUCAGAGUAUAAACAGAACGGAGAUACCAGUUUGUGAACAAAUGUGAAAGGUUUGGGAACAGUUUGAAAAAAGUCCUCCUCUUUGAGACAGUAGGACACUGUAGUGCUACAAGGGUGUGAGGAAAAUCUGCCAGUGUCUCAGAUUUGUUUUAGGUAAAGCCUCAUUUUCUGAUUUUAGAAAAAGCUUAGCAAAGUAUGUGGAAGAAUUUUAAUGGAAAAUAAUGUGUCAAAAUUCAGCUUUCCAUCUCUUUACAGUAUUCUUAUUUCUUUCUGACUUGUGUUAGACAAAAUAAAAUGAAGUAAAUCCCCUAAAGGAAGAAAGCAAUUCAAGUGCUUCUCUUUUAAUGACUUAGUCUCCCACAUUCAAAAAUGUUCUCAAUUAGCCUUUCUUUAAAAAUAGGAAAUAAAAAUAAGAGCAGUAUCUUCUCUUAUGAGGCUCAGUCCACAUACCUAGCCUUUUGCUCACUUGGCGUGGUAAACGACUAUUUAAAUCAGAGUCACGAUGCAGUUAUCUCACCUUUACAGUUUUAUUAUUUCUUCAUCUACUUCUAGUGUUGGUAAUUAUUUGAUAGUUUGGUAGCAUUUAUGAUUCAGUCUUUGAGUGCCGGUGUUUUGCAAAAGGUAGGCUUACUGAUGUGUGCAUGAUUAUGCUUUCAGAUUACGAUGGUUGUUCAUGAAAAAUCUGGACACCCCCCCACUUAAAGGCAAAUUGGCUUCCAGGUGAACUGACACCUCAGCCCCUGGCAGACAUAAGCAGGUCCCUCUAGGAGCCGGUGCAAGCAGGCGCUUGCUUCGCACGUGCACGUAGUGGUGCGUUUCAUGAGCAGAUGUCGGCGUGCAAAGGAGUGCCGAGGUGAUUUGGUUCUGAGCAGCCGAUGGUCCGAUCCUGCCUUCCGUGCUGAGGAAAACCAGCGCAUUACCAGCCGGAGGAACUGCAGGACGGGGCCGAGCACGGACUGGGCUCGCCUGGGGAGCAUCUGCAUGAGCUCUGCGGAGCCGGGGCGAGCCGCCCUUCCCAAAGGCUGACCAGCACCUCGCUGCAGCGCGAAGGCUGGACUGCCGGUGUUGGGAGCCCGGCUGGAGGUCUUUUCUUUACGGGUAAAAUGUGAGAAAUGUGUGUGCUGAAAGUAAUGGUACCUUUCGGACAAGUAAAACUACAGUUGCUCGAGUUACUUGCGUUUUCAUUUGGUACGGGAAUAUUUCUCUUUCUGGCAAUCUUUAGAGAUAACAUAAGAGUUGUUUCCCAAGAAAAUAAUUAUUAAAAAUGAAUAAUAUAAAUGGAUUAUAUAUAUGUAUUAUAUUUACAAAUAAUUGGGGGGAAUUAAUUUUUUUUGUACUGUGACAAAUAAAUUACUGUAUUAACAAGAUGUUGCAACAUACUACAAGCUGAAUCUGGCCCUUUAUUAUAUAUCUUCUGCAAAUGUGGAAUAGGUCAUCCAAAAUUAGCCAAACUGCAAUGCUGUGUAACACAAGAGCUAGUGAUCAGAGCACAGAUGAAAUCUUACAUGGGCAGUCUUAAUUAUUUCUUGUAUUUUUAAGAAAUGUAUUUGAAAAUAUUGUGUGCUAAAAAUGGUAUAAAAGCAUGCUCUAAAUUAUAAAUUUAGUGUACAAAAUUAAAGUUCUGUGUAAUCCUAAGGGUGAUUUUAACAGAUCUUCGUUCCUCCGGUCUUCAUAGUAAGGGUAAAAUAUUUAUAUUUUACUUACUAAUUUCCAGUGGUUGGUAACAAACAAGAAUAGCUCUAGUUAUUUUUGACAACAUUGUAAAGCAGCUUCUGUUGACACGUACAGCUUCUUAAUCUGCAAAAUCCCUAUUUAUUGAACUUAUUUAUUAGAAAGCUAAAUGUAAAGUAUGUAAAGUGUGGUUCUCCGUGUUGAUAUUCAGAAUUGGGCAUUAAUGGAAAAUUUAACAGCAUGUUUCAAUCACUGUAAUACUGUGUCUUCUAACAGAACAUCUUUAUAAUAAACUCAAUUCCACCCUGACUAUUCACUGUUGAUAUGUGACCUAGUGAUAAAUUAAACUACUGAUUUAUAGCCUAAGGAUAAAUUAAAUUGCUGCUUAGGAAGCGUAGCUUCUUAAAGCAAUGUUAAGAUCUCAUUCAUCCCUAUAAGAUGAAAAAUGUAGAGGUAGUGAAGAAAUCCCAAGCAAGGGUCAAUUGCUAAUUAAUCCCCUCUGACAAAAGACUGUGGAACAGCACAGCCUAUUUAUAUCACCAGAGAAUGAGCCUGAUUCACAAUAAAUGACUUCUCCUAUUAUGUGAUUAUUUGAGACUUCAUUCAACUGAGGCAUAUCUUGUUUGGAAUGGCAGAUGAAUUAAACGAAAAAAGAGCAUAAAAAUAGGAUAUUCUCUGAAUCUGAUUCUCGAGGUCUAAAAUUGUAUUCAUUUCCCAGCGUUUUGUGGUCUUGAUUUCUGUCUUUAUUUUCAGUUAGGAAAUAAAACGUUCCCCUAAUCAGACACAGCAAAAUGUAAAACUGCACGCCCAGGUUGGUCCUUAUGUAGUUACUUACAGCCUUUUCGCAAUAUGUCUCUCUAAUAUGGCAAAGUUGGCUGAUGAUUGCAGUGUGUACAAAACCCAAGUGCAACAAAACUCUACGGGCUCAGCUCUGGCAGGCUGGGCACGCUGGAGGAGAGCCCCACGGUCUGGGUAGACAGCCCACCAGGGAGAUACACCUUCUGGAACUCAGGACAGCAGUGCCUCUCUUGUAUUGUCUACCCGGCAGUCUUCUGGGUCUUGAACUGGUUUCGUGCUUUCCAGGUGAACCUGUUAAAAGCUCUCUCUGUUUCAUCCUGCCUCGCUGGAGAGAACUGUGCAAUUGGCCGGGUUCAUUACUGAGGUCUGCUCUGAUACUUUAUUUAAUGAAGGUCGCUUCUACUGAUGAUCAGCCGUAGCAGGCAACGGCACUCGGCAUCUUCACCUCACAGAAGUGUACAGGAGCCUCCUGCCGAACACUGAGAGGGAUGAUUAAACACGUUUUACACACAGUUUAUUUUCCGUCUUUCAGAUGCUAUGACCUGCAGAGUUAACACCUCAGACCGCAUCCUGCUCCGGUGUGACUCCCUGCUGUGCACAUACCAAGAUGUCACAGCCUCCUCCGAGUCCAGCUGGAACUUGAAGCUGAGCCUCACAAUUUCAUGUAAAGUUCCUGCUCUUUUUUUAAACAUUGCUGUAUUUGACAUGGGGUAGUUGGAACCACUGCAAAAUCACACCGAGUUCAGAUCUCCUCCCCCAUGGGUACCUUUUACCUGCGACAUGGCAGAAUCAUGUCUGUUGGCCCAUCCCAUCAGAGGGUCAGACAUGGGGGGAUUGGAUGCCACCAGGACAAAGACCAAGCAGAUCUCCAGGCAGCGUCAUAGCUGGAGCCAUUAGCUCCUGGGGAGCUUGGCAAGUCUGUUCUUAAAUAUUUGCCUUUUGGCACUUAUCCUUACUAUAAUGUACUUGUGGAAGACAAUCAGUCCACCAGCCCAAGGAGAUGCCUGUGUUCAUACAGAAACCUCUGUGAUGGGGGUAGUGGAAGAAGUCUUUCCCUAAGCCACUUGACUGGAAUUCCUUUCUGACCUAUCCAAUAUGCAAAGAGAAUGCAAUCUCAGCUACAGCCUUUGGGCUGUUAAUUAAUAAGCAAUGCUGACGAUGGGUUGUGUUUACUAGGAACGAGAUUCAGCUCAUCGUCUCACUACAGGAAGACCACCUAAAAGUUCCACCUUCCCUCGUUGUGCUGUGUUAGCCUUCAACUAGCAAAUGAGAUUAAACAGUUUACGAUUUUGUGAUCGUGCUUUUAACCUAUUUUUCCUCUGGGUACAGUCGUGAAUCUUUUAAUAACUACAAAUCAUUCACUGAAGACGCCAAAAGGUUUGAGGUAAAUAGUUAUUUAGAGCUUAAGUUUUGUCAAAGCAGUCUACAAUGAUCCACACCAGAACAGAUUAUUAUUCAUUAGCUGUAUUUUGCUUCCUCUGGCUCACGGGGUUAAUUUUUUUUUCUCAUUUAUGCCCAUUAACUCCCACAUAUGGUAAUCUUUAAUACAAAAUGAAAUCAGUAUGAAACCUACACAUGAUCUGGUGUCAGUUUUAUGGUUUCAUACCACAGCACCUAGGAUUUUUUUGUUUUAAUCCAGUUCAUAUGACUCCAAGUUAAUGAACUAAUGAUCAGACAUCUGCAGUAUCUCUUACCCAACCCUGCGCUGAGCAGGCGAUUGCACUAAAUGCCCUGGGAAGCUGCCUCCCAACCUGAAUUCCCUGCAAGCCUGUGAAAGGUGGCUGUGGGAAGCCACUGGGCCGUUUCUGCAGCUGGUGGUCCACAAGUGAAUGCCGCAGAGCAUCCCACUGCCGCCUUCUUUCCAGCCCAGGACAGGAGCUGAAGGUUUGUCUCCAUAGCGUGGGCCCAUAGACUCAACUCUCAGGGUCAUGCUGUACGAGCUCAAAGAGGGGUCACGCCAAGUUUUCCUGAGCCUGGCAUCCCCCUCUUCUUUUUCUCCACGAGGAAGGACAAGAGGGGGACACGGGGCUCCGAGUGCCUCUGGCGCAGGGUGCCUGGCUGAGCAGCAGGAUCCCCGGGGAGCGGAACGUCUGGAGCCCCCGGAGCAGGCCGCUGUUGCUCUGCCUGCUGGGGUCCCGGUGAGAGCUGGGCAGAACGUGGGAUGGAACAGGGGUGAUCUUCCACCCACAGACAGCCCUGCCUGGAAAGUCAGGUCUGCAGCAGGUAAACACAAUGGGCUGGGGGGUGGGGGGGGGGCAGGAGACAAAAACCUGCUGAUUGCCUUUCUUUUGGAGAAAGAGGGGAUUCUUUUUUUCCUUGUUACUAGUUUUUGUCUUCAGAUUUGACCAGAACAAAAACAUUAGUAAAGAGUGAUAUGUCUUGGCACAGCCCUUUCUGUGAUCAGCUCAUUAUUUUUCAAGUCCAUACAUUUGUAUUUGUUACCUGCAGUGGUUAGUCUCCACCCUGGUAACAUUUUUGAAGGAAGCUACAGGCCUGAAGUUGUGUUUGACUAUGAAAAAAUGUGUUCCAAGCUCCUGAGCAGCCGUGUUCAAUUGCUGGUUGCAAACUGGGGAGGGUGCAAGCAGAGCUGCCAGGGGGUGGGGGAUGCUGGCCCUCAGGUGGAAGUUGGUUUAGACCAACACCAAAAGCCCUCAACUUUAAAAAAAACCACAUGAAAACAGCUGUCACUGCUUGAAUGGGACAGUUUCACCCUACUUCCAUUUGCUGUAUCGUGCUUUGCACUGAACCAGAAUCUACUACAGAAUAAUAUUUCUGGAGCCUGGCUGUAUUGGCACAAUAAUUUCAAAUACUUUGAAGACAUAUGACUUGUGAAUUAAAACCACUACUUAUUUUGUGGCUGUGAAUUACAAUGUGUUUCAAGGAUAUAUGUGAAAAUGUUUAUUUUUCUAUUGUACUGUGAUUUUAAUAUUGUUGAAUAAGUUCAAUUUUGGUGUAAAUACUAGUGAAUAGUAACAACUCUGCAAUAUCAGCAGAGACAGUGCUACUUGGUAUUUGAGCUCAGGUUAUGUAACUGCUUUAAUUAAAUAGUAGUAAAAAGAUGCCUUUAUUUGUCCAUAAUUUUAACGAGGAAAAAGAUUUUGUUUUUUAAUAAAGCACGGGGUUGUCUGCAUGUACCUUUACUGUUAGGCAUGGCUUUUAAAGUUGUAACUAUUUUUAGUGGCAGCAGAACCGCAGCCACAGAGUCACUGGCACUGUACCUAGCAACCUCACUUUGUAACCGCCCCAAUAAA